UGUUCUUCCGCCAUAGCCGAAAUCUUCUGAAGCUCUGAUCCAAGGCCUCGCGCCUAAACCCCCCAACUCGUUUUCGCCUCUCUCUCUCUCUCGCUCUCGCUUUCUCUCUCUCUUAAUGGCUCUCAAGGCCGUCCAUGUCUCCGACGUUCCUCACCUCGACCAGGUGCCGGAGAAUGCCUCUCUGGCGCUCUACUCAAAUCGCUUCUCCAAAGGUGUGGAAUUGGGACGGAAUGCAUUUAGAGCCUCGAAGUUCUUGGUGAUAGGGCAUAGAGGGAGCGGGAUGAAUGCGUUGCAAUCUUCAGAUAGGAGAAUGAGGGCCAUUAAAGAGAAUUCGAUCUUGUCGUUCAACGCCGCCGCUAAAUUCCCCAUCGAUUUCGUUGAAUUCGACGUUCAGGUGACGAGAGACAACUGCCCAAUCAUAUUUCACGACAACUUUAUUCUCUCUGUAAACAACGGCACUAUCUUUGAGAAAAGAGUCACAGAGUUAUCCCUGGCGGAAUUCCUUGUCUAUGGUCCUCAACAAGACCCUCAGAAGGAAGGAAAUUGCUUGCUUAGGAAAACUAAAGAUGGGAAAAUUGUCCACUGGAAUGUUGAAACAGACGACACCCUCUGCACUCUGGAACAAGCUUUUCAGAAAGUGGAGCCUUCUUUAGGCUUCAAUAUUGAGUUGAAGUUUGACGAUCACAUUGUGUAUGAUCAUAGUUAUCUUACCCGAGUUCUUCAGGCUAUAUUACAGGUGGUGUUUGAGAAUGCCAAUGAGAGACCCAUCAUUUUCUCGACCUUCCAACCAGAUGCAGCAUUGCUUGUCCGAAAGUUGCAGGCCACAUAUCCGGUGUUCUUCUUGACAAACGGGGGAACCGAAYUGUACCAUGAUGUAAGGAGGAAUUCUUUGGAGGAAGCUCUGAAAGUUUGCAUGGAAGGAGGAUUGCAAGGGAUAGUAUCCGAAGUCAAAGGAAUUUUCAGAAAUCCUGGGACUGUCAAGAAGAUCAGAGACUCGGAACUCUCCCUCUUGACAUAUGGAAAACUAAAGUAA